CGGCGCUGAGCCUACGGCGCUGAGCCUAUUCACGAGCGACGCGCGGGCAGAUUCAGGACGCCCGACGCCCGUCCUGACGCCCGUCGACGCGUGCAACAAUUUAAAGCGAGCGCUCGGGGGCUGCCCCUCACAAACCCAUCGGUAGCUGCCCCAGUUGCUGCCCCUCACACACGGCAACAACCCGAUGGAGUGGCUCCUCUGCAACUGCGGGCUCCCCGCGGGCCUGGAGCCCGGCGCCACGGAUUCGGCGCCGGAGGAGUUCGACGAGGGCCUUGAAGAGGAACGGCAAGACCGGCGCGAUCGGCGCAGUAGGCGCGGCGACGGCACUGACCGCGCCGAGCGCCGCGAGCGGCGCAGGCGGCGCGAGGGCGACCGGCGCGACGGCGUGAAGCGCGACGGGAGCAGGCGCGGCGGCGACCUGCGCGACGGCGACAAGCGCGACAAGCCGCGCCGGCGCCCCUCGAAGGAGCUCGAGAAGAGCGUGUCCUUCGAGGACGAGUCGCCCGUCGGCGUCGAGGCGCUGAACCUGCAGGACCGACACGCCGCAAAAAUGACGGCCUCGAGUCCUCGCGCGAGGGAACGAUGGAUCACCGGGAGCUGGACGGCCACAGAAACAAUCAAGGGGCCCUCUCCUUUAUUGGUGGAGACGCCGCAGGCGCAACCUUCGAUGAAGCCGUCCGUGAGCGACGCGAUGCGCAAAAAGAAGUCGGCCCUGAUGCGAGGCAAUCAAAACUUCGGGCCCAUAGCGCCGCCGCCGCGCUACGGCGAGCCGCCGAUGUGGCAGGCGACGGCCGUCGCGGCGCCGCUGACGAUCGACGGCGCGCGCAACUUCCGGGAACUUUUGCGUACGAUGCGCGUCGACGAUUUGCUGCGCAUGGACUCGUACCGGAACUCGGCGCUGGCUUAUUUCGCCUCGCGGGACUGCGUGAAAGGAUGCAAUCUGGUUUUGAGGUUCGCGGACGAAAAAACUCGCGUGCUGCUCGCGGCGCGGCCGAAUCUAUACGGGCUCACGGCGCUCGACUACGCGCGGCACCAUCACCGUCGAGGUUCGUCGAUCAUGGCCGUCUUCCGCCACUACGGCGUCGAGCGCUGCGUCUACAAGCGCGAGGAGAACUAACUUUG